AUGAGCGAGGAGAUUACCAGACUUACAACGGUACAAAAUUAUCGUUCUGUAGAUUUAAUCGGUGAUUUUGCUGGUGAGGAACUCUUUCUUAUUGAUGGUGAUUCCUUAAUCUUCCACAUCCUCGCACAGGAUUGCCAAUUUCUGAGCAAAAAUGGUGUUCAAAUAUUGUAUGCUAUUUAUCUUUUAGAAAGAGAACUAGCUAGAUUCAAAAGUGCCAGGCUGAAUUUUUGUAUUGUAUUUUUCAAAAACUGGGAAGCACUUUACUCUAACUAUGAUGACCUUUUGCGCUCUUCCCUCCUUUUAUUCCGUAGAGUAGCUAUCCGUCAUCUUCGUAAAUACGUUCCAGUGUUUCAAUUCAAAACUUUAGCUGACUCUCAAUGGAGUGUAUUUAUUGCCAAAUACCGUCCUUACGGUUUUAUGGUUCUUGACAAUAAUAAAAAUAUAAAGGAAGGUGGCCUUCCUAUUUCUGAUGAACAAUUGAUGGUAUUUAAGUCUUUUAUUUUUUUCGCAUUGUCUGAUGGUGUCCCCGUUGCUCUUUUGGGAUCUUAUGAGUUUGUCGAUAAUAAGAUUCUAUGCUCUAUAUUGCCUUCUUUCUUUACUCGCUCUAGCGAAGCUAUAGAGGAGGCUUCUAAAGUAAUCUCUGAUUAUUUGGAAAAAUUUGGUAAAAACCGUCAAGCAAUCGACUUGCCUGAAGUUGAUAUCGAUGCUUGUUCUACGAAUGCAAUGCGCGUUCAGACUCUUGCUGCCUCUUGGCUCAUAAAAAACGAAUCAUCUUCUCCCCUGAGCCGUGAUCUAGCGAAAGUGGUAGUCAUUUUGGCUGCAGUCCUUGAGCAUCUUAAAAUAUCUUCCCGUUCUCAACCCUCCUUCCCCUUAUAUGAGGAACCAGCUAUUCAACAAUUUAUUUCUUCAUAUUUGGGCUGUGCUUCUUCCAUCCUCAAUUUGUUAGAUAGCAAGGUUGACGGAUUUCACGACCUUUUUGAUGCUCGUUUAUUUGUUCGUUUAGUAAUUGAUGUUGUUCAUGGUGAGUUUUACAUUCCUGAUGUUUGCCGUGAAUAUGCCCUUUCUAAUUGGAAGUUGGUUACCGAUGCCGUCCCUGAAGCCGGUGAUCUUUAUGAUUUCUCUUCUUUUUCUUCCAUUUCUAAGGAACUUUGUACCCCUAUUGAAACAUCUACCAGUGAUAUUGAUACUUCCUUGGCCCCUUACGGUGAUCCCGUUAUUUCUCCCUUUUACAACAACGAGGAAUGGGCGGUUCAACCUAAGGAAGUUCAACCUCUUGAGACGGCUUUGGAUUUCUCAAAAUUGCGCAUCAAUGAUAAGUCUGCCACCUCUAAGCGCUAUGACGAUAUUAAUGCAACUAAGAAGACCGGUGAUAGCAACAAAGACAAAAGACAGGUUGAUAGAAUGCGUCGUCAAGACCAAUUUUUUAUCAGCCAUAUUCAAAAGUAUGCCGGUUCACUUACAGGUGCUAAAGGUGGUCAAUUGAAGCGCCAAACCAUUUUUACUCAAACCGCUAAGGAAGCCAAGGUUCAAAAUGAAGAGGCUCCCAAAAAUAAGGCCAAGGCUAAGGACAAGGAAAUUGCUUCGAAAAAGGGUAAACCCGUUAAACUUUCUAAAGCCGAACAAAUUCGUGCCGAAAUUGCUGCUAAAAAGUCAGAGAAGGAAGACAAUAGAAACGAUUAUAUGUGGCAGGAAACUAGAAACGAACUUGGUCGUAUUAAAGAUCUGAAUCUUCGUUCCAAUCGUCUUUCUCAGCUGUUGAACACUAGAACUUACGAUCCUUACAUUGAGAAUGAAAUGCGCUUAUACCGCAUUCGUGUCUUACUUUCUUUGUGGGCUGCAGCCUGUGUUACUGAUGAGUCUAAGGAAAAGAAUGUUCGCAUAGCUGUGGAUAUUUUCCGCGAAAUCAGUAUUGUUUAUCCUAAGCCAAUUACUAAACAAGUUAAGGCUGCUCUUGACGAUACACUUACUGCUUUGGGUUUUGAAAGUGUUAUCCGCAAAGCCAAGAAGCUUGAAUCCCGUCCCAUGUCUUUUCCCUUUGUGCUCCCUGAUUUGGAGGAAGAAGAGUUUGACUUAGAAGUCCCUUACACUUCUCCUACCUUUCAAUUGCUUCACUUUGGUGAGUACAUGGAAAGAUCUAUGGGUAGUGCACCAGAUAACCGUGUUGCUUUUGACCCUGAUGAAUGGCAACGUCAAACUUUGGAUAUUCUCGACAAAGAUGAAUCUGUGUUCGUGGUUGCGCCUACUUCUUCCGGUAAGACCUUCAUCUCCUUCUAUGCUAUGGAGAAGGUUUUACGUGACAAUGAUGACGGAGUAGUUAUUUAUGUUGCUCCUACUAAGGCUUUGGUUAAUCAAUUAUCUGCCGAAGUUUAUGCUCGUUUUAACAAGCACUAUCCUCAUGCUGGUCAAACCGUUUGGUCAGUCUAUACUCGUGAUUAUCGUAUUAACAAUCCAACUAACUGCCAAGUGUUGAUUACUGUCCCCCACGUUUUGCAAUCUAUGCUUCUGCAACCUGCUCUGGCCAACGCUUGGUGUCCCAAGAUUAAACGUAUCAUUUUUGAUGAAAUUCACUGUAUUGGACAAAUGGAAGACGGAAUGGUGGAAGAGCAGUUAUUGCUACUUGCUCCUUGUCCGAUUGUUGCACUUUCUGCUACUGUUGGUAACCCCGAAGAAUUCCAUACAUGGCUUUCUGCUCUUCAGCGCGCUCAUGCCAACCCCAUUCAUCUUAUUGUUCACGAGCAUCGUUACUCCGAUUUGAGAAAGUUCGUUUAUGGUGGUGCUAAGGAAUUUAAGGGAUUGCAUGAUGAGGAAAACAAUGGCCAGAUAGCCCUUAUCCAUCCUGCUGCAGCAAUGUCUUUCUCCGAAGGUACCACAACAAACUUGGCUUUUGAGCCUCGCGAUUUACUUCAACUGUACUAUGCUAUGAAGUUAGUUUCCAAGGGUGAUUUCAAGAUCAGUAAAAGGUUGGACCCAGACAGAUAUUUUGAGGAUAUUCCUUUCAUUAAAAAGGUUGACGUCGUUGGUUAUGAGAAGAAGAUCAAAGCCACUAUUGACACUUGGGCUUCUUUGCCUAAUGCAUUUGCUCCAACCUCUCCUUUGCAAGCUCUUAUUAAACACUUCUGUACUGAUCCUCAACGUGUUGUCAAUAGCCAGCUUCAACUACACACUUCUGCUUACUCAUUGGACGCUAUUGCAUCAAAUUUAUUGCCUAUGCUUAAGGAUUUGAAUAAGCAAGAAUUGCUACCCGUUUUGUGCUUCAAUUACGAUCGUCAAGAAUGUGAAUAUCUUGCCGAAAAUGUAUUUAAGGGUCUGGUUGAAAAGGAAGGAGAAUGGCGUGAAAACUCUGAAGAAUGGAAAGAAAAGAUGCGUGAAUUUAAGAAAUGGCAAGCUGCUGCCGGCCAACGUGCUAAGCAAAUGGAAAAAUUUGAAAAGACAGCCACUGAAAAGCAGAAAGAACAAGCCUUGAAGGAAUCUGGUGAUACCGCUUGGAUUGAGUUCUUUGAUCCAGAAGAACCUUCACCAGAGUUCUCUUUUGCUGGUGCUAAAUCUACUUACGGCAAGGAAGAAUUAUAUCGUGAUGUGGAAUCCUUGCGUAGACGUCAAGUCGUUCCCGAGUGGUUAGUUGAUGCUCUUUAUAGAGGUAUUGGUGUUCACCAUUCUGGUCUUAAUAGACGCUAUCGCCAAAUGGUAGAGGUUCUAUUCCGUUGUGGUCAACUCAGCGUUGUCAUCGCUACUCGUACCUUGUCUUUGGGUAUUAACAUGCCUUGUCGUACUGUCGUGUUUUUGGGUGAUAACUUACAACUAAACGCUCUAAACUUCCACCAAGCUGCUGGUCGUGCUGGUCGUCGUGGUUUCGAUUUGUUGGGUCAUGUUGGAUUCCUUGGUGUUCCUUUGCACAAGGUUUACCGUUUGUUAACCACAAAAUUGUGGGAUAUUCAAGGUCAAUUCCCUCUUACUACCUCCUUGGUCUUACAAUUAUCCCAGCUCAUCUCAGGAUCACAAGCUGCUCCUUUUGCUCGUAAUACGAUUCGUUCAAUUUUGGAUGAACCCAAACUUAUGCAAAAUGGUGAUGUUUUGAGCAAUCAAGUCAACCAUCAUCUUCGUUUUGUUAUUGAGUAUCUUCUUCGAGAAGGAUUGUUGGAUGAUUAUGGUAAGCCUAUCAAUUUGUCCAACCUUACUAUGCACUUGUACUAUGCCGAACCCAGCAACUAUGCUUUCACUAACUUGCUUCGCGCCGGUGUAUUCCAUAAGAUUGCAGACAACUAUGCCACUGAUAAGUUGGGUGCUUUGCGUGAGACGAUUACUAUUCUCUGCCAUUUGUUUGGACGCAUUCGCAUUAACGAGCAGUAUGCCCUUUCGUUGAAUCGUGAUGAAUUUGCUCCUUCGGAAAUUAUUUUGCCUUCUCUCCCUCAGAAUAUUGUUGAGGUAUUAAAUGCUCACGAUGAACGGGUAUUAAAUCUCUAUAAGACUUAUGCUUAUUACUACCGCGAACAUGGUAAUGUUGGUGUCGAGGACGACAAAUUGCCUUUGUCCAACUUAAAGUUCAACGGAACUGCUGAACUUUCCAAGACAGCUCCUACUGGUGUGGUUUCCGAGUUUUGUGGAUUGGCCGGUCUCAACGAUAAUGCUGCUAAGAAUGUUUCCGAUUUUAUGGAGCAAGCACCUGAUGGAGUUUUCCUCAAGACUUCUCGCUUACCAGUUUUUGAAGUCAACAAGGGUCCUCUUAACGCUUACCUACUUGAUUUCUUCACUCAUGGAAGUGUUGAGCUUUUAGUUGAACAGAAUGGUUUGAAGCAAUCUGAAGUUUGGUUUGUUUUGAACGAUUUCAGUUUGGCUUUAGCUACCAUUUGCAGCUGUAUUGGUAACUUGCUCAACUUGGUUACCGAUGAGGAUAUCGAGAACGCCAUGAGUGCUCUUGAGGGUUCCAAUGCUGUUCAGGCUUCUACUGAAGGUGAAAGUAACACUGACUGGAUGCAAAGUAUGAAUGGAAAUUACUCCACUUCUCUAUCAUCUCCGGAAUUGCAAGACAAGAUGGACAUGAAUCUUUUCAAGGUUUACUGUAUGUUCCUUGAAGUUCGUGACCAAUUCGAUGCCAAAUUUAGAAAAAUGUGGGCUUAA